AUUGGGUAGUCACUUUCACAAUAGAGGCUACUCGGUUUUAUAGAGAUACAUAAAAGUAUACGGUGCAUGGCAUGGAUCUAAACUAGUUUAUUUACAUUUUGAACAUCGAUAUACGUUUUGGAACAUAAAUCAGAUAACAUUGGGUGCCUGUCGUAUUGUGCAGUCACAGCAGCAAAAUGCGAUGUGAGAGACUUUGUUUGAAAUCACAGCACAGGAAAAGGAUUACAUUCAAUGAAAUGGAAAUAUUGACAGUUUGCUAUUAAGUCUUUUUUAUAUCUCCAUGCAUUGAUUGAAACGUUUCCGCUGUUUAAAGGAACUUAUCAACAAUAAAGACAGUAAACACGUGGUGAGUUUCUCAAUACCUGAAGGAUUCUUGAAAUCACUUACACUGUAUCCAGACAGCUUCAAACGUCUAUAUAAACACAGGAGAAGAACCAAAACGCCCCGGAAUCGCCAUGACUGAAAAUCAAUCCCCGCAAGCUUCUGACGGGGUCAUCCUGGGCUCGAGCCGAGAGACUGCCCCCCAAGAGGAGAAGAUAUCGUUCUGGAAACUUUUUAAGAAACAUAAACUCUCUGUUCUAGUUGAUUGUCUAGUAUUUGGCAUAUUUGGCAUGGGCGUGGCCUUCCUGGGUCCCACCCUCUUUGAUCUCGGAUGUCAAACGAAAGCAGACCUGAAGCAGAUGAACUGGGUGUUCUUUGUGCAACUCCUGAUGACAAUGAUUGGCUCCAUCUCAGCAGGAUACCUGACAGGAAGGGUUAUCCCAGCGCACAUCCUGCUGUGUAUCGGGAUGACGGGCCUCCCGAUCACAAUGUUUAUAAUCCCGGCGUGUCGGGUGCUGGCUGAACUUCUCAUCAACCUGAUGGUGAUGGGCUGGUUUAUGGGGUGUGUAGACUGUGUCGCCAACCUCCGCAUGAUCCUCAGAUUUGGGACGAAUGUAACUCCAUUCCUACAGGCUAUGCACUUCUUCUACGGCCUUGGUGCCUUUGUGAGUCCGAUGAUUGCCUCUCCCUUCCUUCUCAACAUAGACUGCAGCCCCUUUAUUGACGGCUACACCUUGACGCCAGACGACAACAAAACAGCCAAUCAAAGUGUCACCAUAGCUCCUCAGCCACAGAUCGUUGACAGAGCCAUGCAUUUAUCCCAUUCUAAAGAAGCGUUCUUUAUUCUUGGCAGUAUUCAGUUAGUGAUAACGCUUGUGGUGUACGUGGUGGUCUGGCUGGAGAAGAAGUGGGGUAUCAUGUACAGCCCUUCAGCGUCGCCAUCAACAUCACAUCACACCGGUCUGGCUACAGCAGCUGAUGAGAGCGAUUUUUCCGAGUAUUCUGGUUCCCGGUCGUUAACACGGUACCUACGUUGUGGUUCCCGGACCGUGGUUGUCAUCACUGCUCUCACAUCCGCCUCGCUAUUUAUAUCGGACGGCAUGCAGUCCUCGUAUGCAGACUACAUAUAUUCAUACGCCGAGAAAAACGUGGACAAUUUAAAACGAAGUGAAGGAGCCGUUCUAAACUCCGUGUUUUGGGGUCCGUUUGCUUUAGGACGACUGAUCGCUGUCUUUGCAUCCACUAGGUUUUGUGCUGGCUUCAUGAUUUCCUGCAAUUUAGUUGGUUGCACGAUAGCCUUGUUUAUUACCCUUAUCUGGAAGACAAGCCGGAUAGCAAUUUACCUUGGCACAUGCGCACUCGGUCUCUUUCUGUCAAGCAUGUCGCCGACAGCAAUGGCUCUCACAGAACAGUUCGUCAACAUAAACGCUCCCAUCACGUCGUGUCUGGUGGUGUUUGCAGCCCUAGGGGAGACCAUUUGCCCGGUUAUUGUUGGAAACCUAUUUGUUACAGCUGGUCCUGUUAGCUUCCUGGUGUUCUGCUUCACGAUAGUGCUUAUCGCUGUUUUAUUGUUCAUGGUGCUGUUCUUCUUCGGGAGGGACACGACAAAAUAUAGAGAAAAUAGGGGAUCGUCGUUUAUUUGGCUCCUAAAGCCAGCCCAGAAAUUCAAUGAGCAAAUGGAGAUAAACUCUACAUCAGUGAAGUAUUACUCCAACCAAGAGGAUGAACAACCUACCGACCAAUCACAAUUGCCCGGAAGUGACGUCACUCCUGUUGAAAAUGGAUACACUCGAUAAUAUGUAUGCUUAUUAGUCACGCGUAUUAAAUUAGGAUUAAAAGAAAGUGGACAUGUGUGAAUUGCUUUCAGACAGGUUUUAAAUGUGAACCAACUAUGUCAUCAUUUUUGUCAUCAUAACUGACUUAAAGACAAACGAACAGAUCACGAAAUGGAUGUUGGACUGAUUUCAUUUUUAUUUCUCCAGGAAAUAUCAAUUUAAUGCUAUUGACAAAAUGUAAUCAAAUACGGUUGAUGGUAUCUUGGUUGUACUUUAAUCCACGUUCUAAACUGGCAUUACUUGAUUUGGUUAUUGCCCUUUCUAUUUGCACUUCGAUAUUCAAAACGCCAUGGUAAUUGUACACACUUAAUAUGCCUGAAUGCGUGCUCCAUGAUUAUACAAUGAUCAUUUCUUCCGCACUUCUGUAUAUUACAUUUGUGGUCAAGGAAAACAGCUGGCGAUAUUUAUUGUUAUACCUUUGAUGAACACCGUUGAUGACGUGUUGUACCGUUUCAAGUCCCACUAUUACCAUGUAUAUCAAUCAUUGGUAGCAUGUGCAUGAUCGUUUUUCAGAUAUAUAUAUAUUGUGAGAUUAUGGAUGUAUCAUAAGAUUUUUGUUUUGUUUUUGUAAGUAUAUUCAUUCAACUGAUGUCAUAGAUUGUAUCAUGCCAACAAUUUUAUGAAGUUAAAUAGUAUUUAACUAAAUUAUUUAAAAUUUGGCUAGGCGUUACACAUUUUAUUCAAUAUUAUAGAUCUAUAAUGGGUUUGAAAUAAAUUAAAUUAUUGACUGGAUAUUUUAUCGCAUUGAAUAAAUACUUUUGUUUCGGCAUCGAAUAUAUAUAUAAAAUCAGACAAUAUCACCAACGAUAGAAUACUGCAACGUUUGUCGCGCAGUUAUUCAUUCUUUAUAUUUACAUUUCAAUAAUGAAAACGUAAUUAUUGAAUUUACUUAUUAAAAUAGAAAUAAAAAUCUCAAUGAAAAUGAAUGACUGGUGAAUGUUGAUCCUGGUCCUCUUGUUGAAAGAGCAUCUAGAUUUUUACUCCAUUUCACUAUUUGAACUAUUUAAUAAGUGUUUGAUUUUUGAAAAAAGGCUGUAUGUAUGUGUUUGGAAGAUUUGUUGAUUAUUGUUUACGCCUGUGUCUUUCUAAACCAAUCAGUGUAUGCUUCUUACACUCACCUUUCACUGACGGAAUGCUGUCUGGUCUGUUCAUGUUAAGCAGUAAAUCAGGUUUAACUUUUGAACUGUCUGUAGAAAGGUGUAUUGUAAAUAGGCUACUAUUAGUAGGAAAGUAUAUCAGAUAUUAUAUGGUAUAUACAUGUAUAUCAUUGUGGAAUAAACAUACAUAUUAUUGUGGUAUAUAUACAUGUCUAUAAUUGUGGUAUAUACAUGUCUAUUAUUGUGGUAUAUACAUGUUUAUUAUUGUGGUAUAUACAUGUCUAUUAUUGCGGAUUGAAUAUUUAUUUUAUUUUGGUACAUACAUGUAUAGUAUUGUGGUGUUGUUUGUACAUUUAUAAGGCGAGGAAUAAACACAUCGCGUGUGCCUAAAAUUAUGAAACUAAAUUUGAUUCGGCAUGUGCAUGAGCACCUAAUUAUUAAAGUCUAUCAUAUCGGUUUACUGAUUGAUUUUCCAUUUAACAUGUGUCAUGUACAUAUACAUAUUGUUCGUAAAGCUGUCUGAGAUGGCUUAAAAACUAGUAAAAUUGUUUUAUCAUUAAAAUGAUUCAAGGAAAUGAUUAAUUGUAUUCAUAAUGUGGCUCACGGUUUUCAACUUUAUUGAUUUCAACGUUUAUAAGCUUUGGAAAGAGAUAUCCUCAAUGCCAGAUUGAUGUAUGAAAAUUCUUCUUUUUUAAUCGUGAAGGUAUUUGUAUCUCGUCUAUUAACACUCUUACAAAAUGAACUUUAAAAUUAUGAUUUAUCUUCACCAGAUAUGCCAUUAUUUCGUUGAGCUGCUGGUGGUGAAAGGUGUCUCGAUUGUGGAGAACAUUAUUUAACUAGCUUUCCUUUACACUGAUGCCAGAGCAUUAGACUUUCUUGGAACCCGUGUGAGUGUUUUUUGCUACGUCACAAACGUACAACUUUCUAAUGACGUAUGCAAUCGUAGGGGGUAACUGGUUUUUGCGACGAGUAUGUCAGUGAGCCAACGAGUGCACGUUAAAGGAGAACCUCGCAAACGACUUUUAAACUCUGCUAGCUUAACGUCUGCUGCAUCUAAACAUACACAAGUAGUUUAACGUCUGCUGCAUCUAAACAUACACAAGUAGCUUAACGUCUGCUGCAUCUAAACAUACACAAGUAGCUUACCGCCUGCUGCAUCUUUACAUACACAAGUAGCUUAACGUCUGCUGCAUCUAAACAUACACAUGUAGCUUAA